AUGGCAGCAGACAGCCUUCCAAGCGGCCAUAAUGUAAAGAAAAACUCAUUGAUUUUAGUGUCUUUGUAUGCAAUGGGAAGAAUAAAAUGGAUUUGGGGAGAGGAUUGCGAAGAAUUCAAGCCAGAGAUAUGGAUUGCUGAAGAUGGAGGGUUUAAAAAUCACCCAGGAAACAAAUUUUCUGCCUUCAAUUCAAGGCCGAGAAUUUGUCCAGGAAGGAAAUUUUACAGAAACAGCAACAAGCUGGCCCUCCGCCAUUUGCCCAUCUUCGGACUUUUGCCUGAAGUUCUUCUUGAUCUCCACCUCUUCCAUGACAAACUGAGUAAAAUUUUGAGGACAAGAAAGGGCACAAUCCUCAUCAAUUACUGGCUAUCGCCAAACAGUAUCUUACUUACCAGUGAUCCUGCUAAUGUCCACUACAUGCUCACCACAAACUUCUCAAGAUAUCCCAAAGGCUCCGAAUGGCGAAAGCGAUUCGAUGUUUUUGGCCAUGGUCUUUUCAAUUCUGAUUUUGAAGAAUGGACGUUGCAAAGAAAAGCUGCCCGGGGAUUCUUAACUCACGCAAAGUUUCAUCAACUUACUGCGAAAAGUGUCCCUGAAAUUAUCGAGGAAGGACUCAUCCCAGUUCUUGAACACGCCUGUAAAAAAGAUUUAGCUGUGGACUUGCAGGAUUUGAUAAAGAGGUAUACAUUUGAUUAUGCGACGAUUAUCGCCAGUGGUUGUAAUUCAAAAUCUCUCUCUGUUGAAUUGCCGGAAAUACCAUUUUCUAAGGCGUUAGAUGAUGCGGGUGAAGCGAUAUUCUUUCGGCAUAUUGUGCCUGAAACGUUGUGGAAGUUGCAAAGAUGGUUGAGAAUUGGGAAAGAGAGAAAAUAUAGAGAUGGUUGGAGAGUUAUUGAUGAAUUUUACCAAAAUCUUGUGAAUAAACAAGAACCGAGCAAAGAUGAAGAGAGUUUCAAUGUUUUGAACCUUUACUUGAACCGAAAUGAAAUCCUUCAACCAAGAGAUAACGAUGAGGAAGUCAUGAGAGACAACAUAAUCAGCCUUAUUUUCGCCGCCGAAGACACGACAAGUACAGCAAUCUCUUGGUUCUUCUGGCUUGUGUCAAAAAAUCCUGAAGCUAUCAGUAAAAUCAGAGAAGAACUAAAACUCAACGCGGCGCCAAAAGACGCCAACAAAGGCGAUAAGGAUCGUCCUCGUUCAUUCGAUUUCGAUGAGCUGAGCAACCUUGUUUAUCUCCAUGCAGCUUUAUGCGAAUCCCUGAGGCUAUUCCCAUCGAUUCCUUAUGAAACCAGGACGCCAACACAACAGGACAAGCUUCCAAGCGGACACAGAGUGAAUCAGAAGACGAUAGUGAUAAUUUGUUCAUAUGCAAUGGGGAGAAUGCCGUCAGUGUGGGGCGAAGACUGCCAUGAAUUCAAGCCGGAGAGAUGGAUAACAGAAGAGGGAAAGAUUAAACAUGAGCCAUCUCAUAAAUUUUUUGCCUUCAACACGAGGCCAAGAAUGUGUCCCGGCAAAGAAAUUGCUUUCGUCGUAAUGAAGGCAAUUGCUGCGGCUAUAAUUUAUAACUAUGAUAUUCAAGUACUAGAAAAUCCCCCUGUGAUUCCUAGUCUUAGUAUCAGUUUACGCAUGAAACAUGGACUAAUGGUUAGGGUUAAGAGGAAAUCGUCAUGA